AGCAAAACAGAUAGGGCGCGCACGCAGUCGUUCACACACAAACACAGGCAGACGCUUGCUGGCAGACACCCCAAAGAAGAAAUCUAGUAACUGAAAAAGCAACCAGUCGUCCAUUGGGAACCAAUCCUCUCCAUUGUUCACAUAUACUUGACCCUUUCAACCUGUUCAUGACACAGAUGCCGGCUACCUCAGUCACCUCCUACUGUUUGGAUCCCGCCUACUCUGCACCUGGGUAAGCUGAGCCGUGCCGUCUGGAGGCAGAAUACCACAGCAGUUCUCUCCAAACCCAGAGAAAGCGGACGGUCGUGAGAAGCGCUAAUCGUGGUCGCUCGAAAACGUGAAGAUUUGGGGGGUUUUUUGGAACAUGUUUUAUUGUCAUACAACGUAAAGCUGCGCUCAGAAGACAUCGAAUUAGAAAAGUGUUUAAAACAGAAGGCUCCAUUCUCUGGUACCGUGUGAGGAAACGCACCGUACAGGAUCAUUUUGUGCUGCGCCUGCAUCUGAAUUUUAUUCACCGAGCUUUUUUGUAGACUGUCUGAAGCUUUAUUGGAACCGUGCGCCGCUGUUCUUGUGUGGUGAAGUUUUCCUGACAGUUCCGACGUGUUGGACGUCUAAUAAACAAGCCCGAAUAAGAUUUCUCGUUUCAACGGCUCAAUCAUAGUCGGGGACUGGAAAUUAAUUUUGUCUACACAACCACGUAACGCAUGGUGGGAAUUUCUGCCCCUUUUCAGUAUAAGCCGGGGACGUGUGUUUAAUGAAUACAAAGCCGUUGUGUGUCGCCGUGCUCUCUGCCAGAAGAUCGUACUGAGAAGCUCUCCACCAUGCCCGACUCACCUGCGGAUGUGAAGACACAAUCCAGGUUGACUCCGCCGACCAUGCCGCCGCCUCCGACCACGCAGGGUGCCCCCAGGACCAGCUCGUUCACGCCCACCACACUAACCAAUGGCACCAGCCACUCUCCUACGGCUUUGAACGGAGCUCCCUCACCGCCCAAUGGCUUCAGCAAUGGGCCCUCCUCAUCCUCGUCCUCCUCGUUGGCCAAUCAGCAGCUCCCGCCGGCCUGUGGCGCCCGGCAGCUCAGCAAGCUGAAGCGCUUCCUCACGACGCUGCAGCAGUUCGGGAAUGACAUCUCCCCGGAGAUCGGCGAGAGAGUCCGCACGCUGGUGCUGGGCCUCGUGAACUCCACCCUGACCAUAGAAGAAUUUCAUUCCAAACUUCAAGAAGCUACAAACUUCCCACUACGACCUUUUGUCAUCCCAUUUCUAAAGGCCAACCUACCGUUACUGCAGCGCGAGCUCCUGCACUGUGCGCGGCUGGCCAAGCAGAACCCAGCUCAGUACCUGGCCCAGCACGAGCAGCUGCUCCUCGACACCAGUACCACCUCUCCCGUGGACUCUUCCGAACUGCUGCUGGACGUCAACGAAAACGGCAAGAGGAGGACCCCUGACAGAACCAAAGAGAACGGCUUUGACCGGGAGCCUUUGCACCCAGAUCACCCCAGCAAGAGGCCCUGCACGAUCAGCCCUGGCCAGCGCUACAGCCCCAGCAACGGGCUCUCCUACCAGCCCAACGGCCUGCCUCACCCCACGCCGCCCCCACCUCAGCACUACCGCCUGGACGACAUGGCCAUCGCACACCACUACAGGGACACCUACAGGCACCCCAACCCCCGUGACCUCAGGGAUCGCGCCCGGCCUCUGGGGAUGCACGGCACACGGCAGGAGGAAGUCAUCGAUCACAGGCUCACUGACAGGGAAUGGGCGGAGGAGUGGAAGCACCUUGACCAUGUAAGAAAACUGCUGAACUGCAUCAUGGACAUGGUGGAGAAGACCCGGCGCUCCCUCACCGUGCUCCGCCGCUGCCAGGAGGCCGACCGGGAGGAGCUCAACUACUGGAUCCGCCGGUACAGCGACGCCGAGGACCUGAAGAAAGGCGGCAGCAGCAGCAGCCAGUCCAGACAGCAGAGUCCGGCCAGCCAGGAGGCCUCCACGCCAGAAAUACACAGGGAGCUGCUCCACAGACCGGUGUCGGGAUACGUGCCUGAGGAGAUCUGGAAGAAAGCUGAAGAGGCUGUGAACGAGGUGAAGAGGCAGGCCAUGUCGGAGCUGCAGAAGGCCGUGUCGGAGGCGGAGCGCAAGGCCCACGAGAUGAUCAGCACGGAGCGGGCCAAGAUGGAGCGCACGGUGGCCGAGGCCAAGCGGCAGGCGGCGGAGGACGCGCUGUCUGUCAUUAAUCAGCAGGAGGACUCCAGCGAGAGCUGCUGGAACUGCGGCCGCAAGGCGAGCGAGACGUGCAGCGGCUGCAACACGGCGCGGUACUGCGGCUCUUUCUGCCAACACAAGGACUGGGAGAAGCACCACCACGUGUGCGGACAGACUCUGCAGGCGCAGCAGCAGGGCGAGACGCCCGCCGCCGUCGGCUCCUCCGCCACGCCCAGCAGCGGCGCGGGCAGCCCCGCGGACACCCCGCCCGCCGCCACGCCGCGCUCCACCACCCCGGGCACGCCCUCCGCCAUGGAAGCCGCGCCGCGCUAGAGCGGCUCCAGCUCGUCCCCGUCAAACUCUUUCGCUUCCCUCACCCGCUCAUAGAUUUUUAAAAAUGUAAGAUGCUACAAAGAGAGAGGACUGGUCUCGGAGUAACGAUUAUACACAGAAGGCCAAUAACGGGUCAUAUUGACUUGCCAUGAUUAAGAACACAAAGAUAUUCUUUGUUUUUAUUAUCAAUGUCAUUGUUGUCGCUAUUAAUAUUAUUAUCAUCGUCGUCGCUAUUUUACCUUCCUGUAAAUACGAAGCGGAAGCUGAAGAGACAGCAGAGAAUUGCAGAUGAGUACAUUUGACCUCCCCUCUGUUCUUUUUCCAGUAGCUGGGAUCUGAAACUAGUUGACCUCAUUAAAAGAUGCUUUACCAAACAGCAAACCAAGGGAUUACUAAUUGCUGUUGAAAGCAAAAAACAGAUAAUGUUCCGUGUGAUAAAGAGACACGUUUGUUUUGAACAAUAUGUGGGGGUUGGAAGGAAGGGGGAAGAAAAAAACACCAACCCCACCCCCCCCACCCCCCACCCCCCUCAAGGGCUCAAGUGCUGGAUGGAGGACUGCAGAUAUUUUUCUGGGAAGAUGAAUGCCAUACUUGGCUCGCUGACUGAACUCCGAAGACCUCUCACAGAAACCUGCAGAUGUGCACCAGAUUGCAAUGAAACCCAGAUGUUCAUCCAUCCCCCACAACUUCUGAAAGAAGCGUAAUAAUAUCCAGGUCAGUGGACUGAGGGAGAAGUGAGCCUUCACGGCAAAGGGAUGAGAGUUUGGAGGAAUACAGCACUGGAUUGGGGGAUUAAAAAAAUAGAAUAUACUUAUUUAUGUUUAAAUAUCAUCCCUUUCGGUUCAAGAACAGGAUGUGAUGUCAUCCAGCCUCAGCAAGGUGAGAGACAAAGCGGCACUUUGCGAGCAGAAGGCUGAGACGAAUAACUCCCUGAAAGGUGAAGGCCGGCCUCCUGGAUGCCGUUCAGCCCUUUGAUGUCCAGUGUGCCCUCAGCCCCAGGUUUUUUCUCUCUCUCUCUCUCUCCUUUUUUUGUUUUCUAAAUAUUUCUCAUGGUGUAAAAAAAAAACACUUGUCCUGUGCAGUUCCCAAUGGUGAUUUAAUGUAUAUGUGUUGGACAAUUGUGAAGAUGCAUAGUAGUUUAACCAUGCCCACAACUUUAGUCUCUUUGUUCCUUGUUGGUGCAAAAAGAAAAUUUAACCUUUCUGAGCUGCUUUUAUAUUUGUAUGUAUUAGUGAUAGUUCUCUAGUAGUUCUAUAAGAAGGAUUUUUGUUGUCCUCAAGAAAACUCUCAGAGCUGCUAUUUCAGUCUAUUCAGAUCUUUUCUGAGAACUAGCAUGCUUCAUGGAAUGCUAACAUAAAUGUUUUGUACAGGGGAUGUACACAAAUGUAUUUGCACUGUCACAAAGACUCUAGGCAUGCAUCUUUUGGCAAACUCUUUCGGUAUAGGUCCAUUCCACACUGAUUUAUCCUGUAGUUGUAGUGUGAUUUUCUUUCUGUUAUAUGGAAAUAUUGUAACAAAACCCACAAUUGUUGGUGAUGUUUUGAGCAAAAGAAGAUAUCAUAACUUUUUUUAAAGGGCCGUGCAUGCACAUCACUGAUCGUUUGUUAAGUAUUGUUGUUUUUCCAAAAAAAAAAAAGAAAAAAGAAAAAAAAACUAAUUAAAACUAACGUUCCAAAUGCACAGGUGUAGACUGACAGCUUUAACACUGCUGAAUGCCAGGUUACACAGUAUUACAAGAAUUAAAACACGGAAGUCAGCCAAAGACAGACACGAAGGACCAAAAUCUGAUUUUAUUCUGAAGUCAAAAGAGAUACACGCAAAUGCAUGAUUAUUUAUUUUUCUUUGAACCAAGCUAUCAUCAGGUGAAACCAGUUUCAGCAAUGUUUUAAUAAAAUUUAAAAAAACUUUAACCCUUUCCUGUCCAGAACUGAGAUCAGCACUGCUCAACAAGAUUGGGGGAAACAUUUAUGAAACUGACAUUUCAGACAGAUAGAUUCUUCCCUCACACACCAUCAGAUGUAUUUUGAAAUAAAAUGAGCAAUAAUAUCCAAGGUAGCACAAACCACAAUGAGGAUUCCUCUCUUAAAAAUUAUUUAUUAAACUAUUUUCAGAUACUUCAUGUCAGGUUUUAUUUCUUCUUUUUUUGGGCAUUUGUUAAUUAUAGUAUAUAACUCCAAUAACAGAAUAAUAGAAUUCUGGGCCUUUCAAAGAAGUAUAUUCAUUGUCUGAACAUUCUUUUCACAAUGCCAAUAAAUGUAAGUGCAAUUUAUUUUGUUUGACAAUAACAAAACAAAAAUAGAGAGUACAGUCUAAAAAAUGUCAUCAAUUUACAGGAAUGAAGAUGGAAAUUGACAAGCACUUAAUCAGAUGCACACAGUACGCUUUUCCUCCCAGAAACCAUGGUGCUAAUAGAUGUGUAUUUGACCUUUGACCUCACUGAGGUGGCCUGGUGGUGGGUACAGGCAGUCUGAUUGGUGGGAUUCUCCUGUGUUCCCACACUGUAAGCCUAUGUUCUAGACUCUAAAGGGUUAAAUAAUCCAAAAAGGUGUCUGACACCCAGUUAACAUUUCCUCAGAAGCUGUGAUUUUACACGAAACAGCAAAGCUGUUUUAACACUAGUGUAUUGUAUUUGAAAAAUAAAAGGAUUAGUGUGUCAUGUUGUUGCAUUUCAGGGCAACCUGGGUAAAAAAAAAAAAGAGGUGAAUAAAUAAAAGUUGAGAACUCUUGAAGCUCUAUCUCCUCCUCUCCUUUCCUCUACUCCUGUUUUGCUACAACCUCCUCAGUGGCAAAAAGUCUCACUCUACCUCUGAUCGCAUGUUAUUAGCGCCAGUUGUUGAACAGAUACUGGUCUAGUCAAACCAAAUGGGCACAAGAGAACAGGAAAAAAACCAAAUCUAAGCUUAAACAGCUGCAAAAACCAUAUCACUACUUGGUAACAAUGCAGACCUCAUAAACCUAAUGAAGAGAAGAAAAAAGAAAAAAAACAACUUUUUUGUUCCUUUUUGCUUGUCAUAUAUACAGAUCACCUGAAGUAUAAUUGUAUGUAUAGCAAAUUAAAGGCCGUGACUUUAAAAAAUGUGUUAACUCCAUUUGAUGUAGUAAAAAAGGAUUGCUGAUGGGAAAAUAUGGCAUCCUCGUUUUCUCCCUACCCCCCCUCUCUCUAUCUCUCUCUCUUUCACUCUCAUGCUCUUUUCUCUUGCUUUUCUCUGUCAUUAGACAUGCUACAGUAGGCCGCCUGUUGUUUAGGUUCAUAUCAUGGGGAUUCAUUUUGAAAAAGAAAUUAAUAACGAGUAAAAAAAAAGUGUUUCGAAAAAUGAAGGCUGGUUCAUAGACGCAUGCCUUGACGAUGUAUCAAGGGGGAAAGGAACUGUUAUCUCCAGUUUGUAAAAUAGAUGAAUGAUGAAUUUUAAAAAGAGAAAACGUGGAGAUGGUGGAAAUGCAGACAAAUGGUUUUAGGGAGCAGAGCAGGGGUGGGGGGGGGGGCGGUUAUGAAAGUUUUAUUGUGAAAAAAUAAACAAUUGAAGUUGUUGUGCAAUACUUAAUUCAGACAUGUACCACACGCUAAUGGUAGACUAACACUGGGGUUGGUCCUUCAUCUUGCAUUGUUGGCAUACUCUUGAGCUUUUAAGUCUACUAUGUCGGGACUGUGGCUUCUCGUAAUUCUUUGUUUUUUUGUUUUGGUUUUUUUGGUUUUCUUUAGUUGGACUGUAACGUAUGGUCUGUCAACCUGUGAACCUUUUGAAGUAUGAUUCCGGUAUUGUUGUACUCCUUACUGUGUAAUAAAUAUUUUAAAACCUGUA